UGUCUCGCUCCACAGGCAUCCUGGUGCCACAGGCAACAGCGAGAGGGCUGCUCCCAGCUGAAAGCCGUGGUGAGCAGGAGGGGCCACCCAGCCCGGCAGCUCUCCCUGGGGGUCCAGCUAUGCAAGGCAGCCCCCAGGCAGGGUCAGGGGCUGGGGUCUCCCCUCCAGAUGCUGCCAGCCACCCAACCAGCGUCCCUCCAGCUCCCACCACCGCUUGGCACGUGCAGCUUCUGUCCUCCAAGCCAACGGGGCACGCGGUGAGUCUUGCCAUGGGUGCUGUCACUGCAGAGGAGAUGCCAGUGACAGCAUGGACCACAGAGCCACUGCUCCCCCAGGAUGAGCACAGCGCAGGGUCGUCACCCCCCAGGACAAGCAGGAGCUCUGCUGGGCCACGAGCCACUGCCAUGCUCCUGUCCCAGCAGGUCGUACUGGGGCUGAGUGAGGCCACCUCACCUUUGGCCACAGCUGCCAGCAUCUCUCAGGACAGGGGCAACCCCAUGAACAUGGCAGCAGCCUCAACCAGCCCCCCCAACACAGCCACGGAGGAAGCCAGCCUGGCAGCCCCACCAUCUGCAGACCUCCCGAGUGCAUCCUUGGCAAAGGUCACCUUUUCUUCUGCCACCAUUGGCACCGGCAAGGCUACAGAACCAGGGACACGAACCUUAUCCAACACUGACCACAGUGCCUCACAGGACCUUCCUGGGCCUCCCACUCAGCUGCCUCCAGCCCUUUUGCCCCAGCUUCCUGAUGAUGCUGCGCUGGGCACAGGGGAGACACCUCCCCCCAGCCACAGCACAGCCCCCACCGCUGCUGGACAUGGGCUGCCUGGAGCCAAUGCUGUCACCCAACCCCAGGCAACAACAGGAGCUCCGGGCACACUGGCUACAGUGAUGGAUGUCGUGGCUGGAGACCACAUCCCACCUCUGGGAAGCACCAGUGCUGAGCUGGUGUCCAUCAGGAAUGAGGCCAAAGCCAAAGCCACAGCAGGCACUGCCAUCUCAGAGACCAAGGACGUGCCAGGGGGGCUCAGCAUGAGUCUGUCCCCACAUGCAGCUCUCAAUGAUCCUGAGGGUUCCUCUUCAAGGCCCUUUCUGCGCUCCAUGGGCUCUCUGCUCCCUCAGUCCCUCUCAACAGGCCUUGGGACCACCACAGCAGAGGCAGCUGCAGGCAGAUCUCCUCCAGCCACUCGCAGCAUGGCCAUGCCCUUGUCCCUCAUGGGCACCAGUGGAACAAAGCCAGACAGGGCCCCUCGAGCUGCUGCUGCUGCACCAUCACCUUCCAUUGCUGCAUAUGGCAUCGGGACUGUGACAACUACCCAUCCAUCCUCCUUUGUUAGCAACACUCCAAUUACUGAAGCAGGGAUGGGAUCAGCAUCACUGGCCAGUGGCAGUGCCACUGCAAUGCCAGGGGACACUGAAGCCACCCUGCCUGUACCUGAUACACACCCCAGCCACAGCCAGCCAGGUCCCACAGCAGGCUCAACAACCCCAGGAAAUGGUGUCACACCCAGAUCUGCACAAACCCCGGUGCUCUGGGCUGGGCUCCAAAUUGUGGAAGCUGCAGGGACAGAGAUGCUGUCACCCAAUGCUGCACCAGGCACUGGCACAGCUGUAUCAGAUACCCCUGGGGGGCCCAGAGCAGUCACUGUCCCCAUGGCAUCGCAAGCAGACAUGCCCCCUCUCCUGGAAGGCAGAGCCAGUGUAGGGAUGGCUCCGGAGGUGUCCCCAUCCAGCAUACCCCAAGAGAUGGCAGCAAUCACGUCCCCGCUGUCCCCAGCUGCCCCCCUGCAAGCAAUGGGGGCUUCAGGUGACCUCCAGCCUGAUGGCAGCACCACAGGGCGAGAGAUGGGGAUGGGGUUCCUGGAAGUGAGCACGGAGGAGAACCCAGGUGCCAGUGCAGCGGGGCCAGCUCCCAGCCACGUGAUUGUCACUGCACGACCAUCAUCAGAGCCACCUGCCACUGAGGACAAGCCCACAGCUAGGAUCACCUCGCCAGCUGUUGGCCACACAAAUGCAUGGGAGACUACAGCUUCAUCCUGGCCAGGUGCCGCAGGUACCACUGCCCAUGUGGACAGCACCCGCUCUGAGAGCGGCACCAAGGGUGCAGCACCCUCAGCCAGCACCAGCAGCACCCGUGUCCCUGACUCCAAUGCCACUGGCACAAGCCUGGCCACCAUGCUGGCCACCACACCAUCCACCACCACAUUCCUCAGCACUACCCUGCCAAUCACCUCAACAGGUGGGGAGACCUUUGUGACCAGGGUCACCACAGCCACGCCAUCUGCCACAGCACAGGCCACCAGCACCAGCAGUGCCCUAUCCCUUGCUGUAACACACAGUGAGACAAGUGGAGGUGGGCAGCCUGUCCCAUCCCCAGCAGCACGUAACCCCUUGGUGGAGACAACUCUUGGAUCCUGGGACAUCCUUGGUUCCAGCACUGCUGUUGCAAUGUCCAACUCUCUCCUCCCCAGCCUGCACAGCCCAGCAGAGGAGGCAACAACAGCCCCCUUAUCCCUGCUUGGUGUUGGUGCAACUGGGGUGGCAGCAGCUGGACAGACUCCCACCGAGUCAGCAAAAGGCACCACUUCUCCUACACCCAUCAGCUACCACGACAUGGGAUUAGCAGCAAGCACGUCACCUCCUGCCUUCCAGACAUCUCCAGGGGGACCUGCCUGGGGGGAGAAAACAGCCACCACUGCAGGCAGCACCACAGACACUGCUGCAGGAAACACCACAGCCACCACUGCAGGAAACACCACGGUCACCGCUGCAGGCAGCACCACAGCCACUGCUGCAGGGAACACCACAGCCACCACUGCAGGAAACAACACAGCCAUCACUGCAGGGAACGCCACAGCCACCGCUGCAGGGAACGCCACAGCCACUGCUGCAGGAAACGCCACAGCCAUUGCUGCAGGGAAUGCCACAGCCAUUGCUGCAGGGAAUGCCACAGCCACUGCUGCAGGGAACGCUACAGCCACCACUGCAGGGAACACCACAGCCACCGCUGCAGGGAACUCCACAGCCACCGCUGCAGGCAGCACCACAGCCACCACUGCAGGGAACACCACAGCCACCGCUGCAGGGAACGCCACAGCCACCGCUGCAGGGAACACCACAGCCACCACUGCAGGGAACACCACAGCCAUUGCUGCAGGGAACACCACAGCCAUCGCUGCAGGGAACACCACAGCCAUCGCUGCAGGAAACACCAGAGCCAUCGCUGCAGGGAACGCUACAGCCAUCGCUGCAGGGAACGCCACAGCCAUCGCUGCAGGGAACGCCACAGCCACUGCUGCAGGGAACUCCACAGCCACCACUGCAGGAAACACCACAGCCACCGCUGCAGGGAACACCACAGCCACCACUGCAGGGAACGCCACAGCCAUCGCUGCAGGGAACACCACAGCCAUCGCUGCAGGGAACACCACAGCCACCACUGCAGGGAACUCCACAGCCACCACUGCAGGGAACACCACAGCCACCACUGCAGGGAACACCACAGCCACUGCUGCAGGGAACGCCACAGCCAUCGCUGCAGGAAACACCAGAGCCACCGCUGCAGGGAACGCCACAGCCACUGCUGCAGGGAACGCCACAGCCCUCGCUGCAGGGAACGCCACAGCCCUCGCUGCAGGAAACACCACAGCCACCGCUGCAGGGAACGCCACAGCCACCGCUGCAGGGAACUCCACAGCCACUGCUGCAGGCAGCACCACAGCCAUUGCUGCAGGGAACACCACAGCCACUGCUGCAGGGAAUGCCACAGCCAUCGCUGCAGGGAACGCCACAGCCCCCGCUGCAGGGAACACCACAGCCAUCGCUGCAGGGAACGCCACAGCCCCCGCUGCAGGGAACACCACAGCCACCACUGCAGGGAAUGCCACAGCCACCGCUGCAGGGAACACCACAGCCACCACUGCAGGGAACUCCACAGCCACCACUGCAGGGAACUCCACAGCCACCACUGCAGGGAACACCACAGCCAUUGCUGCAGGCAGCACCACAGCUAUUGCAUCCACAGCCCCAGUGAGCCCAGCCAAGGAGGUGGGAAGUCUCUCAGCCCCAGGAACCACGGCACCAGUGAGACAAACAGCCACCACCAGCCCUGCCACCGCCCUGGCUGAUCCCUUUGGGACACAGAGAGGACCAUCCACAGCACCAAGCACAUCUGCCCGCACCACCACUGGGCACAGAAAUCCUGCCCCUGAGCCCCAACCCCCCCAUGAGCUUAUCAAGCCAGCGGCCUCACUCUACCCCUUUGGCAUGGAAGGAGGGGACCAAGAGUAUGUCCAGAGGAUGGUGGACUUCAACUCACCCCUGUUCAAGCCAGAGAUUGGAUUUCCCUUUGGGAAGUCGCUGCGAGAUACUCUCUACUUUACAGAUAACGGACAGAUCAUUUUUCCACCCACGGACAACUACAUCCCAUCCAACCCCAACCCCCCUCCCCGGGGCUUCACUGGCCAGGAAAGCUUGCCAAUGGUGGCUGUCUUUUGGGAUGAUGCAGACUUUUCCAAGGGUGUUGGCACCACCUGGUACCAGGAGUACUCUACACUCAGCUCUACACAAGACCCCGUUGUGCAGGAUGUGGAAGCAAAGAUUGAGAAAUACCUGAAAAUCUCCUAUGUAGCAAAAUGGACCUUGAAGGUGACGUGGGAAAAGGCUCCAGCAUACCCAUCCCGGAGGGAUGACACUCAGACGAGCACAUACCAGGCAGUUCUCACCACCGACGGGAACCGCUCCUUCGCCCUGCUGCUCUACCAGGAUGGUGGGAUGCGCUGGGACUACACCAAGCUGGCUGCAGCCAAUGUGCUGAUCGGCUUCUCCAGCGGCAAUGGCUAUGCCCAAAACAAUGAGCUGACCCGGAAGCCACCAGCUGCCAAGUACCGACCAGACCAGCACAGCAGCACCGACUCCGAUGUGCGCGGGCUGUGGAUUUACAGACUGGACAGUCGCUCCCGGGUGAAUUACAGGCUGCAGUGCCUGGCGUGGCUGGACACAGAGCCAGCGCCGGCCACCUGGAACAGACAGCUGCCACCGUGCCCCUGCUCCCGGCCCCAGGCAGAGCUGGAUCCCCGCUACCACUGGAGCAGAGGCCCAGCAGACACCUCCGUGAGGAUGCUGCGCACUGCAUCCCCCAGCCCAGCUGGAGCUGGGGUGCGAUGUCUGUACCAAGGUGGGAGCUUGCUUGAAGGCUGGCAGGAGAGAUCAUGGAGCCUUCCCUUCCACACUGCCACUGACAAGGAGCUGGAAGCAUUUGACUGGUGCUGCCGGCGUGUGGGGAAGCCCCUGUUCUGUGCCAGGUUUGCUGAGAAGAGACCGAGGGUUGGCUGUGAGGGAUACGUGCCGCCCACACCCGCUGGUGCCUUCGGGGACCCUCACAUCACCACCCUGGAUGGACUCACCUACACCUUCAAUGGGCUCGGGGAUUUUGUCCUGCUACUGGCCAGUGAUGCCCAGACCAGCUUCAUUUUGCAAGGACGCACAGCACAGACUGGCAUGGCCCAGGCCACCAACUUUGUGGCCUUUGCUGCCCAGUACAUCUCCAACACCACCACAACAGUUGAGUGGACCUUGGGGAGCCAGGAUGACAUCCAAGUCCUCCUGAACAACGAAACUGUCCAGUUUUCCUAUUCCCAAGACCUGGGUGAUGAGGUCUACUACAGCCCUGGUGUCCUGCUAAUCAACGCCUCCUCUGUCACGGCUGUCUUCAAUGGGGCCAUCUCUGUCUCCAUCUCGGCUGCCUCUGGGAUCCUCAGCGUGGUCUGCAGCCUGCCCGACUGGUACCGAAACAGCACCAGGGGCCUCCUGGGUGUGUGGGACCAUGACCCCACAGAUGACUUCCAGAUGCCAAGUGGUACCAGCAUCCCAGUGAACAGCAGUGAGGAGAAGAUCUACAGCUACGGGAUGACCUGGGCUGUUGGGGAGCACAGCCUGUUCGCUCAGCCUCUGGACUCAGCAGCACUGAACUUCACACCCUUCUUCUUGUCUCGGCUGCGGCAGGAGAAUGAAAGCCAGUACCAGCUGGCAGCCUCGCAGUGUCACGGCAGCAAGGAGUGCAUCUACGAUUCGCUGAGCACAGGGAGCUUGACCCUGGGCCUGGCCACCCAGAGCCUUGCAGCCGACUUCCAGCAGAGGAAGACAGCACUCAAUGCCUUCCCUCCCGUCAUCACCGGUGACCCAUCAAUCACAGCCUUCAGGACAGAGAGGGUCAGAAGGCAGUACCAGGCCUUGGGGGCAGGUGCACGCUUCAUUCCCCAUCUCUCACCAGAGCUCAACAUAUCGGAGAAUGGCACCCUGAUAUGGGAACCCCACGGGAUAGCCCCAUUCACCAUCAGCCUGGAGGCUGUUGGGUCCAACAACAUCUCUGCACUCCUCCAGCUCCGCUUCACCCUUUGCAGAUGCAGCAGGAGCCAGGAGUGUGACUACAGCAACACUGUCACUGUCAGGGAGUCUUCCCUGCAGCUGGCAGCCUGCAGAUGUGAGAGUGGCUACUCGGGUCCCUUCUGCCAGGACCCUCCAGACCCCUGCGCCCAGGGAUGCUUCCCCGGCGUGGGAUGUGACCCUUUCAGUGGCUGUGGCCCCUGCCCAGCUGGCCUGACAGGGGAUGGACAGCACUGCUCAGAUAUCGAUGAGUGUGCGCAGGGGACGGAGUGCCCAGGGAACAGCACCUGCACCAACACCGUGGGCAGCUACAUCUGCUCCUGCCUGGCCAGUGAGCAGGGUGAGAGGCCAGGCUGUGGCUCAGCCUGUGGCUACCACUCCUGCCCUGAGGGCUACUGCAGCAACGGGGGACACUGCCACCUUCACCCCAUCACCUGUGCCCCUACCUGCGCCUGCCCUCCGGCUUUCACCGACCAGCGCUGCCUGGUGGCAGGGGGGGAUUUUCGGCCACUGCCCAGCUCAGAUCUCCCUCGGAGAAGCAUCCAGAUGAGGAUCAAGACGCUGCAAAACACCACUGCUGAGGAAGUCAACAGCACUGUCUCAGCCAUCCUGGACUCCCUGGAGGUAAAGGCUUUCCAGAGCAACACCAACAUUACCCAGACGACAGACAGCGAUGGCUUCACCUUUGUGGUGGUGGCCGAGUUUGCCUAUGACAGCCGCGGCACCGUCAUCCACUUCCUGAACGAGGAGCUGCCCGCGGCCAUCACCAGCGCCUUCAACGCGCGACGGGGGCGACGGGAGGCAGGCACGGGGCUCCUCUUCCAGCGCCUGCACCAGGACAACAUCACUGACCUGGUGAAGCUGACAGUGGACGAGCUGAGGGACUAUUUCCCCUGCUCUCUGUAUGGCUACAAAGGCUAUCGGCUCCACUACAUGGGGACCAUCGGCUUCGUCUGCAUCUCCCCGUGCAAGAUGGGCUAUUGCCAACACGGUGGCCAGUGCCAGCACCUGCCCGAGGGGCCCACGUGCAGCUGCCUGCCCUUCUCCAUCUACUCCCCGGCUGGCGCCCAGUGCGAGUGGCUGGCCAUCAGCCUGGCUGCCUUUCUCGGCAUCCUGCUGGGAGCCCUGGCUCUGCUCUGCCUCCUGUUUGCCAUCGCCUGCCUGGCCCUGCACCUCUGCCGCCAGCACCGCCGCCAGCACCAGGGGGCCAAGGAGACCUUGUGGAGGACACGACCCUUUUCCUCUUUAACGAUGGCAGGAGAGCAAGCAGAGCCCACCCUCUCCCACUCCCUGGAAAGGCAUUGGAAACUGCAGCUCCAGGCCAUUGACCCCUCAGUCCAGAUAAGAAUCCAGAGACCCCACGUUAUGCCUCCCAGCCAGCCCCCCCAGCAGCCCUAACCUGCCACUGGUCCUGUUCUGGCACCUCCAGGCUCACAGAGAAGCCAGACGCUGCUGCCUGCUCCACUGCUUGCUGUCAAGGUCUGCAGCAGCAGUAACACAUGGAAGCAGGGGACAGGCAGCUGCCUUUUGGGCUGUGGGAGGAUUCACUCUGGAGGAAGUGCUUUUUUGAAUGAAAAAUGUGGGUUUAUGUGGGGUGACCAAAGCAGAAUUUCACUUUCCCCUGACUACCUGCAGAGACAACAGGGACCAUCCUUAAAUGUUUCUGCACCAGGGUAUGCACUAGUGUGAUAUAACCAGACCCUGCAGAGCCCCUGAGAGCAGGGUCAGGUGGGGCAAUGCAGUGCUUGUAACCCCUUAGGAACCAAAUAGAAUAAACCAAAAAUGUUGGCUUGCUGUUCAA